CUCAUUGGCUGGGCCAGUCCCGCCCUCGGGGAUGACACCACCAGGCCUCGGCUUGACAGGCAGGUACGGCUUGGGGGCCGCCAUGUUGGGAGCGGAAGCGGAGUGAGUAGCGGCGGCGGCGGCGGCGGCAGUAGUAGCAGCAGUAGCCCUGCUGGACGUCGGGAGGUUGGCUCUGCCCGGCAGCGGCUUCUUCCGAGCCCAGUUCUCUCCCUCGCCCGCGCGUGGGCAGCUCUGCCUCGUCCUCCGCCCCCAGUGCGGGGGUUGGGAGCGCGAGUGUCCCGGCAGUGCCCUCCCCUUGGCCAGCAGGAGGAGGAGGAAUCCUGACCCGGAGCCUGAGCCAGACUCUGUGGGGCAGCGGCGGCUCCAGGUGGGGGGAGCUCGGAAGUUAAAGCGGGAAGAUGCCGUUAGCGCAGCUGGCGGACCCCUGGCAGAAAAUGGCUGUGGAGAGCGCGGCGGAGAGCAGCAGCAGCAGCGCCGAGAAUGGCCAACAAAUCAUGGAUGAACCUAUGGGAGAAGAAGAGAUGAAUCCACAAUCAGAAGAAGGCAAUAUUAAAGAGAUUGCAAUAACAUAUCACGUCAAGGAAGGACAUGAAAAAGCAGACCCUUCACAAUUUGAACUCCUUAAAGUGCUAGGACAGGGGUCUUUUGGAAAGGUAUUCCUUGUAAAAAAAAUCUCAGGAUCAGAUGCAAGACAGCUGUAUGCAAUGAAGGUGCUAAAAAAAGCAACACUCAAGGUUCGCGAUCGUGUUCGGACAAAAAUGGAGCGUGACAUUUUAGUAGAGGUUAAUCAUCCCUUUAUUGUCAAGUUGCAUUACGCUUUUCAAACAGAAGGGAAACUAUACCUUAUUUUAGACUUUCUCAGAGGAGGAGACUUGUUUACACGCUUAUCCAAAGAGGUGAUGUUCACAGAAGAGGACGUCAAAUUCUACCUGGCUGAAUUAGCACUUGCUUUAGAUCAUCUGCAUAGUCUUGGAAUAAUAUACAGAGAUCUAAAACCAGAAAACAUAUUACUUGAUGAAGAAGGACAUAUUAAAUUGACAGAUUUUGGUUUAAGCAAGGAGUCUAUUGAUCACGAGAAAAAAGCGUAUUCCUUCUGUGGAACAGUAGAAUAUAUGGCCCCGGAAGUGGUUAAUCGGCGGGGGCAUACACAGAGUGCAGACUGGUGGUCUUUUGGAGUGUUAAUGUUUGAAAUGCUCACUGGUACUCUACCUUUCCAAGGGAAAGACAGAAAAGAAACCAUGACACUGAUUCUCAAAGCCAAACUUGGAAUGCCUCAGUUUUUAAGUCCAGAAGCUCAGAGUCUUCUCCGAAUGCUUUUCAAGAGAAACCCUGCAAACAGAUUAGGUGCUGGUCCUGAUGGAGUUGAGGAAAUUAAGAGACAUCCAUUUUUCUCCACAAUAGACUGGAAUAAAUUGUACAGAAGAGAAAUUAAUCCACCAUUUAAACCAGCAACUGGUAGACCUGAAGACACAUUUUAUUUUGAUCCCGAAUUUACAGCAAAAACUCCAAAAGAUUCACCUGGUAUUCCACCUAGUGCUAAUGCUCACCAACUUUUUCGGGGCUUCAGUUUUGUAGCUAUUGCAACCGAUGAUGAAAGUCAAGCAAUGCAGACAUCUGUUGGGCACUCGAUUGUUCAGCAGUUACACAGGAACAGCAUUCAGUUUACUGAUGGAUAUGAAGUCAAACAAGAUAUAGGAGUUGGCUCCUAUUCGGUGUGCAAGAGAUGUAUACAUAAAGCAACAAAUAUGGAAUAUGCAGUAAAGAUAAUAGACAAGAGUAAAAGAGAUCCCACAGAGGAAAUAGAAAUCCUACUACGAUAUGGACAGCAUCCAAAUAUUAUUACUCUCAAAGAUGUGUACGAUGAUGGGAAAUGUGUGUACCUGGUAACAGAACUUAUGAAAGGAGGAGAGCUGUUGGACAAAAUCCUUAGGCAAAAGUUUUUUUCAGAAAGAGAAGCCAGUGCUGUUCUACUGACAAUAACAAAAACUGUUGAAUAUCUUCAUGCACAAGGAGUUGUACACAGAGACUUGAAACCCAGCAACAUCCUUUAUGUUGAUGAAUCUGGCAAUCCGGAAUCUAUUCGAAUUUGUGACUUUGGCUUUGCAAAGCAGCUGAGAGCAGAAAAUGGCCUUCUAAUGACUCCUUGUUACACAGCAAAUUUUGUUGCUCCCGAGGUUUUAAAAAGGCAAGGCUAUGAUGCUGCAUGCGACAUAUGGAGCCUUGGUGUUCUGCUUUAUACAAUGCUGACUGGCUACACUCCAUUUGCAAAUGGUCCUGAUGAUACUCCAGAAGAAAUUUUGGCACGAAUAGGCAGUGGAAAGUUCUCUCUCAGUGGUGGAUACUGGAAUUCUGUUUCAGAUACAGCAAAGGACUUGGUUUCGAAAAUGCUUCAUGUUGACCCUCAUCAGAGGUUGACGGCUGCCCAGGUCUUGAGACAUCCAUGGAUUGUCCACUGUGACCAGUUGCCUCAGUUCCAGCUAAACAGGCAAGAUGCUCCACAUCUUGUGAAGGGUGCCAUGGCUGCUACAUACUCAGCGUUGAACCGCAAUCAGUCGCCAGUUUUAGAGCCAGUAGGCCGUUCUACCCUUGCUCAACGAAGAGGAGUGAAAAAAAUUACCUCAACUGCCCUGUGAAGUGACCUUAGUUGAAAAAUGUGGUACCAUAAUACGAUGAUAGCACAAAUCAUGGCAACAGGUAGCACAUAUCCAAGAUACCUGCAAGCACACUGUUCCAGCUGGUACCUAUUAUGCUGCUGCUCCUGCUUUCAUCUGUUCUUGCUUUAAACUAUCAGUGGCAAAAUAUUGCCCUUCAGAUGGAAUAUAAAGUGGAAUCAAUGGGAAAUGAACUAUUCAUGGAGAUAGUAGAAUUCCAUACACCUGUCACAUUAAAUACACUGAAUGAAGCACUCUCUCCCCAUAUAGCAUUAUUUUUAUAGGGAAUAUUUUUACUCCCUUUAAAAUAUUCUUCGUUACAUGUAUGGAUGGACAGUUUAUGUUAAGCACUUAGCUUAAACAGUAUGUUUAUAUUAGCACUGUAUUAUUUGUGCCAUCCAGCAUUUUAUAUGUUUUUGUAAACUUUUCAUAAGCAGUACAUUUCUGUACUGUUUCCUUUUACAUGCCUUCUAUUUAGACUAAUUGAAUUUGACAAUUACGUUUGAUUAAAUGGUUAAUCAAUAUGGUUAACAUCUCUAAAGCAGCUUGACUGUUAAACAGCUAUUGAAUGUAA